AUGAGUUCCUCGUCGUCAAAAGAAAUGGUUGUUAUACUUACCGGCGCGUCGAGAGGCAUCGGCCUAGCCAUCGCGCACCACCUCCUUGCCGCCUCGCACAAAGUCGUCCUAAUCUCGCGCACCACGGCCCCCCUCUCAGCCCUAGAGUCCCAAUACGGAUCCUCGCAAGUAUCCCUUCUUGCAGGCAACAUGGCGGACGCUACGCUUGCGCGCCGCGCUGUCGAGGCCGCCGUGGGUAAAUGGGGUAGACUGGAUAGUGUGGUGAUUAACCAUGGGAGUUUGGAGCCGGUGAAGCCGGUGGGGGAUAGUAGUGUUGAAGAGUGGAGGAGGGGGUUUGAUGUUAAUGUUUUUAGUGCUGUUGGGUUGAUCCAAUCCUCCCUCCCCCACCUCCGCGCCUCCCCCCACUCCCCCCGCAUAAUCCUCACCUCCUCCGGCGCCUCAACAUCCACCUACCAAUCCUGGGGCUGCUACGGCGCCGGAAAAGCCGUGCUAAACCACCUGGCCGCCACGCUCUCCGUCGAAGAACCCAGCAUCACCACCAUCUCCAUCCGCCCUGGUGUCGUAGACACGGAGAUGCAGCGGGAGAUCCGCGAAGUCCAUGCUUCGAGUAUGAGUGCCAAAGAUAGGGAGAAGUUCAGUGGGCUGAAGGAGAAUGGUGGGUUAUUGAGGCCGGAGCAACCGGGACAUGUUAUUGCGAGGUUGGCGGUUGCGGAGGGGGAGGCGAUUCAGGGUUUCAGUGGGAAGUUUUUGAGUUGGAAUGAUGAGGUGUUGGGGGCUUUUCAGGGGUAG